AUGUACGCCAGAUAAGAUCCUAGUCUUGACACUAUUAAGUGCUCUUGGAAAGUAGGUACCACAGAAAAGACUCCUCACAGCGAAGAUAAGUUCUGUCCCAUGCCACCCAAAAUUAUGGAUAGCGUCUUGGAUGCUAUUGGAAGAACUCCCUUGGUUAGAUUAAAUAACAUCAUGAAGGCUGAAGGAUUGAAGUGUGAACUCUUAGCAAAAUGCGAAUUCUUGAACGCUGGUGGUUCUGUUAAGGACAGAAUUGGACGUAGAAUGCUUUUAGAUGCUGAAAACAGUGGAAGAAUUAAACCUGGUGAUACUCUUAUUGAAGCUACCUCAGGUAACACUGGUAUCGGUUUAUCUCUUGCUGCUGCCAUCAGGGGAUACAACAUGAUCAUCACUCUUCCUGAAAAAAUGUCAACUGAAAAGACUGAUGUUUUACAAGCUUUAGGUGCCAAGAUUGUUAGAACCCCCACUGAAGUAGAUUUCGAUCACCCUGAAAGUCAUAUCAGUUAAGCUAUUAAGUUACAAAAGGAAAUCCCCAACAGCCAUAUCCUCGAUUAAUACAUUAAUCCUUCUAAUCCUUUGGCUCACUACGACGGUACUGGAGCUGAAAUCCUCUACCAAUGUGAUAACAAGGUUGAUUACGUUUUCGUUGGUACUGGUACUGGUGGUACUAUCACUGGUAUUGCUAGAAAGAUCAAGGAACACCUUCCUUCUUGCAAGAUUGUUGGUGUUGACCCUUAUGGCUCUAUCCUUGCUAUGCCCUAAUCCAAAAACGAAAGAAUGGAAUCUUACUAAGUUGAAGGUGUUGGUUAUGAUUUCGUUCCUAGAAGUAUCGAUAGAACUGUUAUUGAUGAUUGGGUAAAAAAUACUGAUGUUCCUACUUUCUAAAUGGCCAGAAGACUUAUCAGAGAAGAAGGCUUAUUCUGUGGUGGUUCAAGUGGUUAAGUUGUUGAUGCUGCCAUCAGAUAUGCUAAAGAACAUAACUUAGGAGAAGGUGUCAGAAUUGUUUGUGUUUUAGCUGAUAACUUGAGAAACUACAUCACUAAGUUCGUAAGCAAAGAAUGGAUGGUUGCUAAGGGCUUCUAUGAAUUCGAUUAACUUAAGGAUGAAGAAUACGAAAAGAGCAAGCUAAAGGGUGUUCAUGUUGAUCAAUUAAAAUUAAAUAAAAUGAAACUUUAUACUGAAGCUUUGACUGUUGGUGAAGCUUUAGAAGAAUUCAAGAGAGGAAUUCCUGGUAUUCCUCUUCUCGUCAAGGGUUAACUUUACUCUACUGUUUAUCCUGAAAAGCUCAUGAGAGCCAUCUAAGUUAAGGAACUCUCUUAUGCCGAUCCUGCUUAUAAGGCUUGGUCUAGAGAACAAGUUGUUAUUCCUUAUGACAAGGUAGAUGGUGCUAUUGUAGCUAAAUUCUUAGAAAGAAAUAAAGUAGUAUUUUUAACCAAGAAUGACGAAAACGGCAAUGUUAAUGAAAUUUACUAUGCCACUAACUAAGAUCUCUUACCUUUCUAUUGA